CAUGGGGAAAAAAUCGCUCCCAAUAUCUGCCAUGCAAAGAAGGAUGCACAAAGAAAGAGAGAUGAAUAUGGGGUGGACCUAGCAGACUCGUGUUCUACAUUUAUCUUAAGCACGAGCAGAAGUCGCAUAGCAUAAUAAUCUUUGACGACGACGAGGGUUGUUCUCUCCCGAUUCUCAAGGAGGCACAAAUUCUGCUUCUUUUUGGUGGUAGCUUCAGCAAUCGACUUUCCUUGCCCUCUCCUCCGAUCAUUCCCAUGCCGCAUGACCAACAAGACUUUUCUAUUUAAGUCGUGGCUCGCUGGCUUGCCCGGUCUUCAAAUGCUGGUCUCUGCUCGCUUAAUUGCCUGAGGAAUUUCUCCGGUUCGCGGCCGGUUCCCGAAAUUUCUCCCUGCUUCUGGAAUUCUCUGGCCCGGCCCCGCCGCGUCCUGGCCGCCUCAAGUUGGGAUUUUGGAGUCCAGGCUUGCGUCCUGGCAGAUAAAGAUUGAGAUCUUUUGAGCGAUCUCCUAGGGGCGCUUUCCUGCUUGGGUGCCCGCUGAGCUAGAGGUUGGAUUUUGGGAGGCGAAUCGGUGAGAGCGAGCAUGACGAUUGAUUUGUCCACCAUGCCCGGCAGCUCCGGGCUGCUGGACACCGCCGGGAGGAGGGACAUGAACUUCUUCAGAAACCGAUACGUGCUUGGGCUCACGGGCGUCGCGGGAAUCGGCGGGUUCCUCUUCGGGUACGACACAGUUCUACUGUCAGGUGUCAUAUCUGGAGCUCUUUUGUAUAUUCGGGACGAAUUCCCUGCUGUCAAAGACAAUUUAUUCUUGCAGGAGACAAUUGUUAGCAUGGCAUUACUUGGAGCCAUGCUUGGAGCAGCUGGAGGUGGUUGGAUAAAUGAUGUGUAUGGUCGUAAGAAGUCUACUCUUCUUGCUGACAUGAUGUUUGCACUUGGUUCACUUGUUAUGUGUGCUGCUGGCGGUCCUUACAUUCUGAUUCUUGGAAGGCUCUUUGUCGGGUUGGGUGUGGGCAUAGCAUCUGUCACGGCUCCAGUUUACAUUGCUGAAGCUGCUCCUUCAGAAAUUAGGGGAGGUUUGGUGUCAACUAAUGUCCUCAUGAUUACUGGUGGCCAAUUCUUCUCCUACCUGGUCAAUCUUGGCUUUACUGAGGUUCCUGGAACAUGGCGCUGGAUGCUCGGAGUUGCUGCUGUGCCAGCAUGCAUACAGUUUGUGCUGAUGCUUUUUCUGCCAGAAUCUCCCCGCUGGCUUUACCGGAAGGAUGAGAAGGCAAAGGCUAUUGCAGUCCUGGAGCAGAUUUAUGACUCCGAUCGUCUAGAGGAAGAGGUAGAGAUGCUUGCUUCGUCUUCCAUGCAUGAAUUCCAGUCUAACUGUACUGGGAGCUAUUUGGACAUAUUCAAGUCGAAGGAACUAAGGCUAGCUUUUUUUGCGGGAGCUGGUCUUCAGGCUUUCCAGCAAUUUACUGGCAUCAACACUGUCAUGUACUACAGCCCCACGAUCGUCCAGAUGGCCGGAUUCACUUCCAACAGGUUGGCCUUGCUGCUUUCCCUCAUCAUCGCUGCCAUGAAUGCCAGUGGAACCAUUGUCGGAAUCUACCUCAUCGAUCGUUGUGGCCGCCGCCGCCUGGCCCUUACAAGCUUAGCUGGCGUUGUGAUUUCCCUUGUCAUUCUCGCCAUGGCCUUCAUACUGCAGUCAUCAUCCAUCCUCUGUGAGAGCAUGUUCCUUGGUUCUUGCCAAGGCAUGCUGGGAUGGUUUGCAGUGGCAGGCCUCGCUCUAUACAUCGCCUUCUUUUCUCCAGGGAUGGGGCCAGUCCCGUGGGCCGUGAACUCCGAGAUCUACCCCGAGGCAUACCGUGGUAUGUGCGGGGGCAUGUCAGCCACUGUCAAUUGGAUUUCCAACCUGAUCGUGGCGCAGACGUUCCUCUCGAUUGUGGGGUGGGUCGGUACCGGCCCUACAUUUCUGAUCAUCGCCGGUAUCGCGGUGCUGGCCUUCAUCUUUGUGGCCCUGUACGUGCCAGAGACAAAGGGCCUGAGCUUCGAGCAGGUCGAGCUGAUGUGGAAGGAGAGAGCUUGGGGAAACCAGGGCGACCGCGAGAGUCUCUUGGGUGCUGCACCGUAGACAAUUCUCCAGCUCUCAUCCUGCACGGCGGUGCAGUGGCGCGGUGCCUCCCUUUUAAGAUGGUGCGCCGCGCCAUGCCAGGUUGGUCCCGGAAGGUAAGUCCUGAAAAGAACUGGAUUGGAUGCAGAUACAAACCUGUAGUACGUUAGUGUUCUAUAUCGCUUUUAUGUUGUUACCUGGUUGAGUGGGUGUAUGUUUUGUUGUCGUGUGUUUCACGCCGAAUCUUUCUCUGCAUUGGCGGACCAAGUGUACAGCCAUGAUGAUACCAAGAACAAAGAGCUACGCUAGCUGGCAGGAACAAGUGGACGGACAAAACUGGUGUCUUCAGCAGUCUAUAUAGUAGUAGUACUGUUGUUUGUGUUGUCUGCUUGUAACUCGUGAACUGGUACCCCAAAUUGCCGGUUCUAUGUCCCUAAAUGGCUAAAUCGAUCUUUUCUUGCUUUC